AUGGGGGAGCUUGGUGCGCUGGCUGGAGGCGCUGUUGCACUGUGGGAGCGUCACGAGGAGAAGGAGGACCCCGAGCACUACGGCCGCCACAAGACGGAGGAGACCAUCGCCGAAGCGGCGCUCGUCGGAGGCCUGGGCACUGCGCUGUACGAGCACCACGAGAAGAAUGACGAUGAGGAACGCGUUGAGAAGUACGGGAAACGCGACGAGGAGAAGAAGCACGGCUGGUUCGGUUGAGAAGUUCUCACAGUAUGUCUGCAUGCUUUGUUGAAAUUAAGUUAGAAUGGCGCAUGUUCCCCGCUGUUACGACUGAGAGCCUAUUAAUAUUGCCCGCUUUGUGGUGAGACUUUUUGAGAAGUAGUGCCCCUAUCAAACUUUUAGUAGAUGUUAUCACUGAGACAAGCAAAGGUUAGAGUGUCCGUAAAUUUCGUUAAGUAGCUUUUACCGCCAACUUUUAGGCAGGAGUCCCGAGUUGAAAUUGAGUUGCUAAGUUGAGCUUUUGUUAACGUUUUGGAUGUAUAGUGCGACUACUGCUGUAAGCUUUUGAUCCUUGUGCAAUUAUACAUAGCAUAAAAGUGGUGAGCUUCGCUUCCGACCUGUGGAACUUUCCUUUUGAAUGCUGGGCCGUCGUGUUCUUUUAAAAGCUAUGAUAU